UGAACACACAGUUGUGCCACAAGGGUUUCCUUCCACACAACACUAAGCAUGGCUACCAUGUCUCUUCUUUUCCCUUCCUCAGCUCCCACAACUACAACAACUGGCAGCAGUACUACCAUCACUACAGCACUAACAACAGGAAACACAUCUACAACAACAGACAACACUACUGACACCGCUUCUUCAUCAGCAACGCCAGACAGCUCAUCUACAACAACUGUGGAAACGUCUACCACAUCUACACCAACACCAACAGGUAAGGAUGGACAGUCCCUCCAGGAGCGCUUGAUGAGAACUUUUUGUUGUGUUUUUCUGAGCAAGGAGCUCCAGAACCCACAGAGGCAGUGGUGUGUUGCCCUGCCUGGGUGCAGAUGCCAUUUCUCUACCUCCAUGGGGAAGGUGUCAGGCUCAUCCAUCCCACCGGAUGGUAGUUAUCCCAUCAGCUGCCCAGUACCUCAAAGGACUGUGGUUGUUGCAGAGACUCCCAUCAGUAAUCCAGGGAGGAAGACGUGCUCUCUCAGGGGUAGAGCGCGUGCAGGGAAUGCACCACUGCUGGGCACCCUCAUCCUGCUCUGUCAGACAGCUCUGACUGCUCAGAGCUGCCAGCUCAAAUGUGGGGAGCUGUUCUACAGGGAGACACACGUGUGCCAUUGAGGGGGACUGAUGUGG